CUUCUUUAAUUCAAGUAAGGGUUUAUUUGGGAAAGACAGGACAAAGAUGGAGGAUAAGGUAAGAGGAGUAGGAGUUCGCAAUUUGGUCACUAACAUGAGAUAGAGUCAUUCAGAGAGAUAUGAGGACAACUCUUUCUUCUUUCUUUCUUCUUUCUUCUUCUUCUUUCACCUUAGACAGUCAGCAAAAGCCAUAGUCACCACCAUCAGCCAGAAGCCAAAAGCCCCUCAGCUCAGUCCAGCCGUUAGUUUGGCUCCAACUGCUUUUCCUGGUAACAUUCCAAAAUGGAAUCUUCAUUUGACUGACAGAUGAUUCAUCCUCAGCUUUCUGUCCCUUGAAUACUUCUUCCACAGUUUCUGUCCUUUGCAUGCUUCUUGUAAUUUCUCUCUUCUCCGCAAUUUGAACCCAAGAUUUUCCGUGUCUGGGCCUGGCUCUCUAACCACUGAGUCACCUAGCUGCUCCCUAAAUAUUCUUCAUGAUAAUGGCAAAUCCCUUUGGCAAGCAAGCAUCUUCCCCAUUCCAUGCUUGAUAGCAAUCAGAGGAAUAUUGAACAAAGUUUUUCCUACUGUUAUAUUUUUCAAGGAAUCCCAUAUGUUUAGGGCAUUAUUUUAGCCCUUACUUCUUGACCAAGGAAUGACUGAUUCUAAGGCAGAAGGGCAAACAGGGUCAAGUAACUUUCCCAGGGUCACACAACUAAGAAGUGUUAAGGGCAGAUGCAGAUUUGAACCCAGGUCGUCCCUACUCCAGGCUCUAUCCAGCUGUGCUAACCAGCUGCCAUCCCUAAACCCUUACUUUCUGUCUUAGUAAUAACUCUAAGAGAGAAGAGCAAGGGAAGGGAAGGGAAGGGAGGGGGGUUAAGAGACCUGCCCAGGGUCACAUAGCUAGGAAGUAUCUGAGGCCAGAUUUGAACCCAGAUCUGGUGCUCUAUCCACUGUGCUAUCUAGCUACCUCUCUUGGAUAGCUUUUGACAUAUGUAUGGAACACAUCUUGUUAGGAGAGCCUUUAAAAGAACGUUCUGGUACACUUCAAUCAAAGGUAUUAUGUAGGAGGUAUUAAUGGAAGCUAGGAGGUGAGGUAAAGAGGCAGAUAUGAGGUAUCAUUUGUGCACAGGUAUGGAGGAGGGAAAUGGAAUAUGGACAUCAGCAAUCAAUAAGCGCAAUGGAAUCUUGCUUUCUCAACCCCUUUUAGGUAAUUAAUUUUCCUCUAAAAGCUGGUCUGUUAUAGAGUAUUAUUUGCAAAAAAGUUGAUGACUUCCUUCUAGGCAUCUCAAACUCAAUAUUUCCAAUGGAACUCCUUGUGUUUCUCUCCAGUUCCAUUCACCAUCCCCAAAUUUCCCAUAGGUGAUGAAGUUGCUUCUAUUUGACAACGUGCUGAAUGCCAUGACCCCUGGAACCCUGAAGAACUCCCUAAAUGAGAGCCUUAAUCAUUCAAAAGAGUUCAGUGUAACUCUCCACAGAGAAAAAGCUAAGUGGAUCAAAAAUGUCCAGUUGAGUCUAUGACACAUGGUAGAAUCCCCCAAAAUACUUCUCCGGAAUAGGCAAGAUUUGAAUUGAGAUCUUCCUGGCUCCAAAAGGAUGCUGUUGUUGCUCCAGAGGGACCCUUUGUGAACCUUGGCAAAGAUGUUGGAGUGGUUUGCCAUUUCCUUCUCUAGCUCAUUUGACAGACGAGGAAACUGAGGCAAUUAGGGUUAAGUGAUUUGCCUAGGGUCACAAAGCUAGUAAGUGCCUAAGACCAGAUUUGAACUCAGGAAGAAUAAUUUUCCCGACUUACUCUAUCCCCUCAGCUGCCCCCUUCUAACAAUUUUAACUAACCCCUGGUGAAGUGGGCAACCUGUGGAACAAAGUAAGGGAGGCGGGUUUCUAUGGCGCUCUUAUACUGUGGCCUCUCAACUCAGUGUUUGUGAACUUAUUGCAGUGGUGGGGGGCCACUGUUUCCCACCCAUCCCUGUCAGACGGGAACCCAGGACCCUCCCAUCUCCAGGCCUGGCUCUCUAUCCACUGAGUCACCCAGCUUCCCCCAGGCAAUGUUUAAGACAGACUCUUUCUUCCUGGAGCUUCCAGUCUACUGAGGGGAUAAGACAAAAACACGGUCAACCCUAUCAUACAACGCGACAUGCUGUUAGGUAGGCAAAAUAAAGUGCAACGAGAGGUCUAAGAGAGAACGGCCAUUCUGGCUGGGAAGAUCCGAAAAAUCUGCCCGCAGGGGUGGCAUUUGAGUUAGGGCUGCAUAAGAAUUCAACAGGUGAGGAGAGCUCCGGAGCCUGUCAUAGUGAGGCAGGAAACAAAGGGAAGUGCCCAUCUGGGGGUCAGAAAGGGGUUGCGAGCAGUGGGGAGAGCCCCCUUCCUCCCCCCCACCCCGCUCCCGCCAAGGGUCAUUUUCCCACACCUUUAUCGAAGGCCUAUUACCUGGAAAGCUAGAUGCCCGCUGAUGGUUGGGCAGGCUCCCCUAGGGACCCAACUCUGGGCAGGGAGGUAGAGGAGUAGUAUCGCUGCCCCGUGGAAUAGACAUCGCUCCCCUCCGCAUUCCCACCUACGAUCGCUUGCCUACCAUUCUUCCCAGACACCCCGAAUACAGCCGAGGCGCCCCAGCCCCUCCCAGUACGCUGCAUUGGCGAAGCAGCCCCGCCCGGAGUGCGUCCAGCUCCAGCUGUUCCUGUGCGCCAUUGUCUCCGGCCCCGGGCUCGGUCCUGCUGCUUCUGUGGGCUUUCAGUCCAUCGGGCCCCUUUUCUCUCGCGUUGAUGGCUAGGCCAGGUAGCUGAGCGCUGUGGGGACAAGAGAGGAGGCAGUGGAGGUAGGCGGCGGCAGCGGCGCAAGGAGCAUGGAGGAGCAGCUAGCCUUGGAGAAUGACUGCCUGCUUCCUUUAGAGAGGCAGUUCCAUGAUGCAGCCAGACGGAACAAUGUCGGGAGGAUGAAAGAAUUGAUUGCGAUGGGAGUCAAUAUCAGAGCCAAAAACAAUGUGGGCAGGAUGGCGCUACACUGGGCUUCUGGGGCCGGUCACGAGCAAGCUGUGAGACUGCUCCUGGAGUAUGAAGUAUCUGUGGAUGACAAGGAUAUGUUUGGGAUGAAUGCACUGCUUCUCUCUGCCUGGUUUGGCCACUUGCAGAUUCUACAGAUGCUAGUCAACUCAGGAGCCAAAAUCAACUGUGAGGACAAGAAUGGCUUGAACAUACUGCACUUUGCAGCUCAAAAGGGCCACGUACACGUACUGGAGUUUAUAAUGGAAGACCUAGAAGAUGUGCCCCUUGAUCGAAUUGAUAAGCUGGAUCGGACAGCUUUCCAUCUGGCAGCUGAGCAUGGGCAGCUUGACACGCUGGACUUCUUGAUUGGCUCUGGCUGUGACCACGGCAUCAAGGACAAGGCAGGGAACACGGCCCUCCAUUUGGCAGCAAAGAGCGGCCAUUCUGCUGUGCUCCAGAGGAUUAUAGAGAUUGGACUGGACCUAGAAGAGAAAAAUGCAGAAGGCUUCACCGCACUGCACAUGGCGGCUGAGGGAGGCCACUUGGACUGUGUGCAGCGCCUGAUUCAGGCAGGCAGCAAGGUCAACGCACAGACUCAGAAACAAAUGAAUUGUCUUCACUAUGCUGCCCUCCACGGCUUUGAUGACAUCGCUCAAGUCCUCAUUGAUGCUGGAAUCAGUGUAGAUGCCGUAAAUCAUCAAAGUGCAUGUCCGAUCCACAUCGCAGUGCUGAACAACUUCCCUUCCCUAGUCAAGCUCCUCAUCAAGGCAGAAAUCAACCUCGAUGUCACCGACAAUAGGCACCAGACGCCACUUCACAUUGCUGCUGAGAACUCGAGACAAGACAUAGCGGAAAUGAUCCUCAUCGCAGGAGUGAACUUAAAUUUGACAGAUAAGCAAGGAAAAACAUCACUAGAUGUUGCUGCCCGUAGCAACCAUGUCAGCUUAGCAGAUAUGAUCAUAAAAGCAGAUCGAUUUUACAAAUGGGAACAGGACAACCUCAGAACCGACCCUGACUCUUGGGCUAUGAAACCCUUAACCUUUAAGCAGGAUCAUGGGGUGGAAACGCAGCAUAUCCGCUCAGUAAUGUGGCGCUUAGCCACCAAAUACCUCAAGCACAACGACUGGAAGAAGCUGGCACAUUACUGGAAGUUUACAGAUGCACACAUUCGUGCUAUUGAACAGCAAUGGACAGGCACUAAGAGCUACCGGGAACACGGCCACAGAAUGUUGCUUAUUUGGCUCCACGGUGUAAUCAUGGCAGCUGAAAACCCAAACAAAGGACUAUAUGAAGGGCUCGUGGGAAUUGGCAGAAGAGAUCUCGCUGGUAAAAUACUUCCUCAGCAGAUUCAGCUAAGUACAGCAUUAGCAUCCCUUGGAGAAUUUGAUAAUUCAAUUGUUUUUCUACACAGCUCCAUAGGUAGUGGCCUUGGCAGGGGCAGCUUGAAUCUGAAAUAACACCAAGUAGCCUUACAGUAUAUUUAAAAAGGGAAUGUGGUAUCAGACAAGGCAGCGGGUACCCAGCAGGGAGAGGAUUAGACAUGGAUGGGUCUUAAUCCUGAACCUGUUUCAUUCUAUAUCCAAACCUCACAGGAUUUUGGUGAGGAUGAGAUGAGGUCUUUUUCUUUUUUGAGGGCAGGCAUAUAUUUUUAACAAGGCAUUAUGGAUGAUAAAUGCUAUAUUGUGGGCUAUUAUUACCUCUCUGUUGCUUUUCCAGGGGGCUUUCCCUCCUACUCUCCAUUCCUCAUAUUCCUGUAUGGAAAUAUUUUUCUCUUACUCAACCAUAAUAUUCCUUCCAAGUUAAAUCAGAUCAUACACACAAGAGUUUAAUUUGUCCUCUGGGGGAUGACAGUGUAAUAAAGAAGGGUAAAAGAUUUGGGGUCAUUGAAUAAUUCUUCAUAAAAAUAAAAUCCAUUCUGAAAAGUAGAUCAGAGUCUUCUAGAAACAUGAAUAGAAAUUCCUUGUCUUUUUUUAUAGAAAGCAUCAGAAAGAAAGCAAAUGCAGACUCCAACUCCUCCAAAAAGUGCACAGCGAUGUGACCUGAGCCCAAGUGGGGUGGAGCAGCCCAACCAGAAGGUGACUACUAUUUUCCAGGCUCCUUGAUACUGUUUCUCACUGAACCCAAAACAAUGAUAUCAGCAACAGUAAAGUCCCAUGUCAGUAGCCCCUUCCUCAAAGAUCUGUGUAGGGAUUUGUUCUAGGUCUUUCUGGAAACCAGCCACUAAAAAUGGAUGCAUGGAUAGUUUGAGAUGCAUUGGGCUUUGGGGUCAUGCAAAACUGAUCUCUUUUGGUUUUAUAUUUGCCACCUGCUUACCCUACAAUUGUUACUAUUUAUAAGCCAAUUUGUUGUUUCUUAAUAAAACUCUUGCCUUCUGUUUUAGAA